AUCCACUAGACACAGCAGACAACACACAGCCACACACACUCAGUCAUACAGUCUCACCAAAGACGGGCAUUUGGCUGUUCGUCCACCUCAACCAUGAUGACAAGCCAGGAUGGAUUCUCCAGAACGGAAGACGACCUACUACAACCUCCCGAUCAGACUCAUGGCUCAACUUGGAACAGACAGAGACAGGACUUUAAAGAGAAUGAGAACCCAGAAGAGAAGGAGAAAAGACAUAAGGAGCAAGAGCUCAAGUCGCUGUAUAAAGAGCUGCUGUACACUAUCACCCACAAGCUGGGGAAGCCAGCCUCGGCAGAGGUCUUCACUGACAACCAGCUGCACCAAUACAUCCGAGAGGCUUUCUCUAUGGCAGUGGAUGAACACCAGAGUCUGACAGAGAGGGUCCAGAACACAGAGCCUCCAAUCUACUGUCUGAUGGCCACUGUGAAGGAAGCCAAGGGCAUCCUGGGAAAAGAUGUCAGUGGUUUCAGUGACCCAUACUGCUUACUGACCAUCCUGGAGGAUGAGAAGGAGAGCAAGACACGACGGUCCAGACCUAAACCCCGUAAAGCCGUGGUGAAGGACGCCGUCUCAGACGAGAAGGUUUACACGACAGACACAAAGAAACAGACCCUCAACCCCAUCUGGAACCAGACCUUCGUACUGGAGUUUGAAGACACUGCAGUGGCCAGCUUCCACAUUGAGAUGUGGGACAAGGAUGAGGAGUUGUCUCUAGCACAGAAGCUAGAGGAGAUCCGAACCAAUUUUCAUGGACUGAGGAGGAUGAUCAAAGAUGCUAAGAAGGAGAAAGGCCAGGAUGAUUACUUGGGAAGCAUUGUGCUGAGACUGGAGGACCUGCAUUGUACAGAGGAUAACUGGUAUGUUCUGGAGCCGAGGACAGAGACUUAUCCAGAUCGGGGCCAGUGUCAUCUGCAGCUCAAAUUCAUCCAUAAAGAGAGAGACGGGACAUUGAGUGCUGGUCGUAGUGCUUACGUCAACUACUGUGGGAUCCUACUGCAGUUUGUCCAGUCACACAUCUCUAAGCAGCAGGGUAGUGUUCCAUGGAAGGGGGAGUUGUGUGGGGAGGGACAGACCCUGUUGGACCUCUACGCCACUCAGUGUAACCUCUCACCUUUCCUGCAGGACCUGGCGAAGUGGAUGGCCUACAGUAAACUAUACCAGAGUUUAGAGGUGGACUCCUCAGUGCUGCUCCAGCAGCUGACCAGUAUAGAGUACCACUGGCACCAGCAGGAUCUGCCCUACCAACAGAAACAGGAGCUAGGGGACUCUCUCUGUGGUUUCCUGCAGUACGGACUGUGUCUCGUGGCCAAAUACAGAGACAUCUUUCCCCCAACGCAGGACGCUACCCCUCGCUUACACAGACUGCUCAGGAUCCUGUCUCAGGUCUGUAAGACGCAGGCCUUUCAGAAACUAAACGCAGCUCAGUUUGACCUACAUGACGAGGUCAACGAGGCUGUGCACGCUGGUACACAGGAGUGGUUCGCCAUAAAGAAAGGGCAACACCAGCCCAUGACCAAGGACCUGACAGAGACCGUGAGUGCUCUCUCUAGACUGAUAGAUGAAGUACAGCAGGACAUCAAGCACAACAAGGACAGCUGGAAUAGAGUGUUUGUCAGUGCUGUGCAGGUGGAUGUGUUCACUGUAGUCUACCAAAAGCUGGACUUCCUGCUGGCGGGGGAGGUGAGACACACUCUAAGCCUGUUGGAGGGUGAGAUGGAGCAGAAUCUAGCCAAUAGCCUGUUCCCUCUCUACCUAAGUCUACAGGUCAUCCACAAAGACAAGGCCUUCCUACAGAAAAGGGGUAAACUGUUGGAGCUGACUAACUUCCAUGAGGGCUUCCGUGAGGCGCUUCCCUAUUGGUUGAACAAGGCCUUCAGCACCACUCAGGACAGGGUGGAGAGAGCUGUACAGGUGGACCAGCUCCAGCCGCUGCAGUCGGGCCCGGUGCCCAUAAAACACAGCUCGUCGGCAGUAGACCUGGUGACCUGUGUCCAGCCCAUCUGUCAGCUGUGGGAGCAGCUCUCCUGGCCAGACCCCGAGGAGGCCUUCAUGCUCAUGGUCAAACUCACUGAGGAUGUGUGUAAGAUUGUGAUGAACUACUGUCGUAUCCUGAAGGAGCGGGUCAGGGAGCUGUCUGAGAACUCAGACCCCGGCAGGGCUGUCAACAUGCUGUGCGUAGUAGUGAAUGACUUGGAACACCUGAGGUCAGUGCUGAUCCGCCUGCCCCAGCAACUGAACUGGGCAGGGCUUCGAGAACGUACCCUUCACGUGAUAGGGGACCCUCAGUUCCACAACGUGCUCCCCUCACAGCUGCUGCAUGCACAGGGGGUCCUCAACAAAGAGAUACGCUCUGCCUUAGAGACCGUUGGACGGAAGCUGAAUUCAGACAUUGCGAUGUACGUCCGCAGCAUGUCUACUCGAUGCAGAAUCCCCUCCAAGUCCACGGAAGAAGCUGUGGUUCCCCUGAUAAAAUAUCUGGAGAGAGAACUGCAGUACAUGAAUGAGAACCUAGUCCAAGAGAACUUCAACAGGUACAGUCUGUUGACUCCGUUGUGGACUAACUCCAUAAGGACCUUAUACCAGGUAGCUACACAGCAGAAGCAGGAGGAUGGACUCAUGGUGUUCUGUCAACGACUGCAAUUCACACUCCAGUGUCUGGAGCAGUGUUUUCAUGCUGAGGGGAAUGGAAUGCCACUGGAUACUCUUCACGUUGACAGCUACAAGAUUCUGAAAGCUCAUCUGACACACAACUCUCUCAACUGCCAGCAGCUCAUAGAGAAAUUUCUGGAUAGAAAAGUAUGGGAGCAGAAGGUUUACAGUGGAGAGAAGUACGGCGCGGUCACACUCCUAGCAUCCUACAGGAGGUCUGACCAUAGACUUAGAGUGGAAGUGUUGAAUGCAGCUAACCUCCUACCUAUGGACUCCAACGGUUCCAGUGAUCCGUUUGUCCAGUUGCGUCUGGAGCCUGGUCAUGUGUUUUCUGAGGUGGAGCCUCGCACCACCCAGAUCAAGAACUGUGACCUCAACCCCCUGUUCGACGAGGCCUUCGAGUUUCUGGUGUCAGUGGAGCAGUGCCAGGCUGCGGGGGCGUGUCUGGUGGUGACAGUGUUGGACUAUGACACCCUGACAACAGACGACUUCGAGGGGGAGGCCUUCCUGGCUCUGAAGGCAGUGCCGGGGGUCGGAGGGGGAUCAGGGGACAGACAGGGGCACCAGCCAGACCCCUCCCCGGCCCAGAUACGCCUGCCGCUCAUGCACCCCAAACCAAACGAUGACAGUAUCCUGAAGCUGUUGGAGUCGAGGAGAGGAGAGAGGGAGGCUCAGCUGUUUGUGAAGAAACGCAGACAGAGAGAGAAACAGUCACAGGAGGGGAAACAAUAACACACAGCUUCAUCCAAAAAUAUACAUUUGUUUUAUUUUUUUAUACCAAAACACACAAAAAUGAAUCACUGUUGGUGGCUGCAGUAGGACAAGGUGUGAACUUUGUGCCAGGUCUAUGUAUAGUAGUAAUCAUGUCUUUUCACUGGUUAUCAACACACCCCUGCUGUUUCCAAAGCCUGACACCUGGUGUAGUCAGUGCAUGUAGCAAGUAUGACAUACAAGAACUAUGUAUGCUUGACAUGAGUUUGACAAACUGUGAAAUAUCAAAAUGCUUACAAAUGUAAAUUAUGCCCCAAAAACAUUAUACAUAGAUUUUUAUAAAAAGAAAAGGCUGGCAUUUGA